AUGGCGGCUGUUGGACCUCUAGGUAGAAUUGCAAAACUCGGCUCCAGCAUCUGUAGGAACCAUCGUUUACUUUGUAACCGAAGUCUUUUGAGUGGCUUGACAUCGUCAUUUAUCUGUACAUUUCUUAUUUUCUUCUCCCAGGAAGUGUUUCCUGUGGAGACGAUGCGAAAGGCAGCCCAGCUGGGGUUUGGUGGCAUCUACGUUCAGCCCGAUGUCGGAGGUUCAGGUCUCUCUCGAUUGGACACGUCGGUCAUUUUUGAGGCCUUGUCUACAGGAUGCGUCAGCACCACAGCCUACAUCAGUAUCCACAACAUGUGUGCCUGGAUGAUCGACACUUUUGGGAAUACUGAGCAGAGAGAGAAGUUCUGUCCUGAUCUCUGUUCAAUGGACAAGUUUGCCUCCUAUUGUCUCACAGAACCAGGCGCUGGCAGUGACGCUGCCUCUCUUCUGACCUCUGCACAGCGGAAAGGAGACCAAUACAUCUUGAAUGGUUCCAAGGCUUUUAUCAGUGGAGGAGGAGACACAGACGUCUAUGUUGUGAUGUGCAGAACAGGAAGUAAAGGACCAAAAGGCAUCUCAUGUGUGGUGGUAGAAAAGGGAACCCCAGGCCUCAAUUUUGGCAAAAAAGAAAAAAAGGUGGGUUGGAACUCUCAGCCGACCAGAGCGGUGAUAUUUGAGGACUGUGCCAUUCCAGUGAGCAACCGGCUCGGUGAGGAAGGACAAGGAUUCAGCAUCGCCAUGAAAGGCCUGAAUGGAGGCAGGAUUAACAUCGCGUCCUGUUCUCUUGGGGCGGCUCAUGCCUCUGUGCUGCUGGCAAAGGAUCAUCUGUUGGUGCGCAAACAGUUCGGAGAGACGCUCUCAAACAACCAGUUUCUACAGUUCAAGCUGGCAGAAAUGGCCACCAAGUUGGUUGUCCGCCUUCUGGUGCGUGAAGCCGCGACAGCGCUUCAGGAGAACCGGCCUGAUGCCGUCUCGCUCUGCUCCAUGGCCAAGCUCUUUGCUACAGAUGAGUGCUUUAAUAUCUGCAACCAGGCUCUUCAGAUGCACGGUGGGUACGGUUACCUCAAAGACUACGCAGUGCAGCAGUUUGUUCGAGACAUCAGAGUUCAUCAGAUCCUAGAGGGCACAAACGAGGUGAUGAGGAUGAUCAUUUCUCGUAAUCUUCUGUCAGAGUCUUGAUAAAUCAUCAUCUCUGGAUCUCCAGUAGUGACCAUGUUGUUAUGGUCUUUUCUGCUCUGUUACUGUGUGACUGGUUUCCUGAAGUGCCCCUCUGCGUCUAAGGUUUGCUCACAGUGCCAAGGGCCAUUGGAAAAUGUAGGGUGAACCCCUCAGUAAAAGUAGUUAUUUUUCCCUGCUAGAGAAAUUAAUAUUUUCUUCUCUUUUUUUUUUCCUCACACUGAUGUGCUUCAAUCAUCAGUCUGUUGUAUUUAACUGGUCCACAGUGAAAUACACCAGUAACAACUGCUCAGAUGACUUUUCAAAUAGCACCACCUGCAGGUCAAAGUGUAUACAUGUCCAACACUAAUUAUGCCGACUGAAUAGCCGUAGACUUUAAAUUGUAUCGUAAGUAUUUUACACCAACAUGCCAGAAUGAGUCCAGGUUCAAAGCACAUUUCAAUGUGAGUAUAAUCAGACAAUUAGCUGUUAGCAUGAUAAUAAAUAGCUAACAUAACACAGCUGAGAACUAUGAAUUUGUUCAGUGUUACAUUACAACUGUGAUUGCAAGCGACAUACACAUGUAAUCAUUUCCAUGUUAAUCCGUAUUGGUUUUAUAGUACUUAUGUUUUGACUUUCCAAUAAAAAAAAAUAAAGGUUCCCCUGAAGCUGCUAGUGAGGAUGUAGAGUUGUCACCUUGUUUUAUAAUUCAGAGGAGAUCUUCACUACAGUCUCAUUCACGUUCGAUAGAUGAGCAUUGGAUCAUUCUUUCACUCUAUUCCUUUCAGGAUUUAAAGACAGCCUAUGUGUUACAAACCGUUAUUCUGUCAAAAAUCAAGUGCACUUUGAGAUACUCUGUUGAUAAAGUGUCCCUUCAGAUCUUAUUUAUGAUCAUGGUUACUGUAAUGUUUGUGUACUGUGUGUUCUGUAGUAUAUACAAUUGAAACAGGAAAACGUGUGUACUUCCACAGGAACACAUGUUUUCUUGUAUUUUGGGUUUUGUGUCGAAAUAUCACUUUGCAAAUUAUAUUUGCUGAUCACACUCCAAAUAAAAUGAUCUCGGCUUUCAUAAAAGGAA